GAGAGAGAGAGAGAGAGAGAGAGAGGGAGGGGGUGGGAGAGAGAAAGGUGAAGAAGGAGCCUCGGUCACGCGUUACUCUACAACGAGAGAGUAAGAGAGAAAGAGACGGAAUAGAGAUAGAUUGAACGUACGUACAUUCGAGAAACACACCCAACUGUACCACCCCCGCACAGAGUCUCUCAUCCGGGUGAAUCGCGAGAAUAAGCACGUAGCGAGUAGCUUCAAAGUACUCGAACGUUGCUUGUGGGAGUGCUUCGAGUGCUUGUGUGUGUGUGCGGGGGUGGAGUAGGGAAGAAGGAGGCGUGUCAGGGAGGCGGAGCCAACUUUGAAAAUCCCAGCUAGCAUCCAACGUUUCUCUCUCUCUCUCUCUCUCUCUCUCUGUGUCUCUCCCCUUUCUCUUUCUUUACUCAUUCGUCUCCCACCUCCAUUCUCUCUCUAGAGAGAGAAAGAUAGAUAGAUAGAUAGAUAGAUAGAUAGAUAGAAAUAUAGAUAGAUAGAUAGAGAGAGAGAGAGAGAGAGAGAGAGAGAGAGGCUGAUAAGCCGUAGAGCCGUGUGCGUGAAUCCACAUUCGCUCUCCCCUCUGAACCGCGUGCGCGCACUUACAUAUAUCCGUCUCACUCUUCGCCGCGACUUUCGUCCAUCGUCGUCGCAUGGGAGUCCCUCGGCACUAUCGGAUCCCGUUAACGGCAGUCGCCGUCGAGACACCCGCUAUAACGUCUCUCGCAUCUCCGACACACACAUCAAACCGGUGUGUCCUUAUUUCCUCUUGUUCUUUCGCACCUUCUUCAUCGGCUACUGUUACAAUCAAGGACCCUUGCGAUCGACGAUCGACGACGCAAAAGAUCCUUCUCGACGAAUGAUUUUACACUUUGUGCUCGCUCGGGAAUAAUCGUUGUAACAUCCGCGAAAAUAAUUGCGAUGACAUCGUCUUUCGAUUCGAUCGAGUUUCGAGGGUGAAAGAUUGGAAGGCUCGUUCCGGGUGUUUGUUCUCGUAUUUGAGGAAAGAAAUGAAAAAUUUCGAAGAGGACUCGUAUCGAGUAGACAUCAUGCGGUAAAGAUCAUUCAUCGAAACGGUGCAUCAACAACGACUUAUCCGCUUUUCAUCCGUUCGAAAUUACUUGGUCGGAUAUACCAAAGAAGCCGUCAAGUACGCGGAUGUUGGGCGCAGCGAGGAGAAAAAGAAAGUUUCCGUAAGUAGAAGGGAAAGACGAAAAAGUGAAUCAGGAUGAUGGAAGUGCAGCAGCAACACUCGCCUGUUGGGGUCGGUCCGUUGGAUUUUUCGCGAAGAGGGGUAGCCGAGACGUCGGCCUUCCGGGUCGUCAAACCGAAACAACCGACCUCGUCGCUCGUGCAUCAGCAGGCUGUGUCGUCGCCGGAAACGAAUAACAAUGAGAAUCUUCAGGAGAAUUCACAGGUUUCCCUCGAAUCCGAAGGAGGAUGCAACGUCCGUUUAAUGUUCCCAAGACUGUGGGCACCAUUUGGAAACGCAACCGAGGUUACGAAUCUUCCACCCCUACCAAAAAGUCACUCAGAACGGCUGUCGUUCGGUGUUGGUCGUUUGGUUGGUUCACCGGCGACAACGAGUCCCUCGCCAUCGCAUUCGCCGUGCCCGGAAUCACCGGCGCACGAUCGUCGGGACUGCACCGAGGUGGACGUGGACGUCGAAGAGGAAGAGGUCGACGUGGAUGUCGAAGAGGUCGGCGAGGAGGACGAUCGCGACGCAGCAUCGAGUCCGCAUCGUUCUUCCUCGACGCCAUCGCCUACCGGUACGAUUGCCUCCGCGACCUCCCACUCGCAUCCACCGAAAAGAUCGGGCGACACGUUCAGCGUGUCGGCACUCCUCAGGCCCGAUCCACCGUCGGCUCACCUUCAAAACGCCUCUCCUCAUCGAGAGGCAGCCUCGAUCGGUGCUCAUCCGGCAACACCGGGCUCCUCCAUCCUCUAUCCACCUCUCCAUCUUCAGGGCGGACUUUUACCGCCUCAUCCUCACCAUCCUCUCUCGUAUCUCCAUCCUCAGUUGUUGCCCCAUCAUCUUUUGCCGCCUCACUUGCACCCGCUCCUACGUGGGGUUCAUCCUGGACACCCGGCUCUACACUCGACUCACACGGCUCACGGGCUACAUCAUCCCCAUCCGCUCGCAGACGUCUACAGCUGCGUCAAGUGCGACAAGAUGUUCAGCACGCCUCACGGCCUCGAGGUGCACGCGAGGAGAUCUCACAACGGGAAGAGGCCGUUCGCUUGCGAGCUCUGCAACAAAACCUUCGGCCACGAGAUAAGUUUGACGCAGCAUAGGGCGGUACACUCCGCGGAGAAGGUCUUUGAGUGUAAGCAGUGCGGAAAAGCGUUCAAACGAUCCAGCACCCUGAGCACGCACCUGUUAAUACACUCCGAUACCAGGCCGUACCCGUGUCAGUUCUGCGGAAAACGUUUUCAUCAGAAGAGCGACAUGAAGAAGCACACAUACAUUCACACAGGUGAAAAGCCGCACAAGUGUCAGGUA